AUGACAAACUCGGCAACGGUCCCGAUGAAGCCCGUGCUGUUCCUCUCGGCCCCAUCGCGGCCGACGGAGCAGGCCAGCGACGCGCCAUGGAUGGCACGCUCGAGUUCAAAAGAGUCCUCGUGCCCGCCGCUCUCCUUGCGCUGUCGCCUCCCUCACGGCUGCUCGCCUCGCCUCUCCCCUGAGCUGAGCCCGUCUGGACACAUCGCCCCGGACCGCCUCGAACUCGACGACAACCCCUUAGCCCCGCGAGCCGUAGCGCUCGUCAUCGUCGUCAUGGCCGUCGAGACAGCCGUGCCGGCGCCUGACCAGAAGCAUGAGCCGCAAGGCAGCGUCGUCAAGGAGAAGAAGACGUCGGAUGAGGUCGUCGACCUGACGUCGGAGAUAAAGUCGCACACCGACGACGAGGACGAUACCAUCACCGACCUCUUCGUCAGCUUUCCCGAUCUCAAGGGCGUCGAGCCCGAGUCCAACCCGCUCACCGCCCGCGCCGUCAUCACCGGCAUCAUCCUCGGCUCUCUCGUCAACGCCUCCAACGUCUAUCUUGGUCUCAAGACGGGAUUCACCUUCACCGCCACCAUGUUCGGCGCCAUCUUCGGCUUCGGCUUCAUCCUCCUCCUCACAAAGGCUUUCCCCCGCAUCCCCGGCAUCGGUGAUCGCUUCGGGCCGCAGGAAAACUCCAUCAUCCAGGCCUCGGCCACCGGCGCCGGAGGCAUGGCCGGCGUCUUCGUCGCCGGCUUGCCCGCCAUGUACAGGUUGGGCCUUCUGUCCGAGGACCCCAAGGCCGACUUCCCUCGCAUCCUCACCAUCACCAUCGUCUGCGCUCUCUUCGGUCUCUUCGCCGCCGUCCCUCUGCGCAAGUUUUUCAUCAUCAACGUCGCGCGCGAGCUCAACAUGGUCUUCCCGACCCCGACCGCCACCGCCCUGGCCAUCCGCUCCAUGCACGCCGUCGGUUCCGGCGCCGAGGAUGCCAUGAAAAAGAUCAAGGCCCUCGGCUACUCCUUCAUCGGCGCCUUCGUCCACAUCGUCGUCUCCCAGUACGCCGAUGGAAUCCUGCACAACUGGCACAUCUUCACCUGGUUCUACGCUUGGGGCAACUACAAGAACUGGGCCAUCAACAUCGAGAACUGGGGAUGGUACAUCCAGCUGACGCCCGCCUUCUUCGGCUCCGGCAUCCUCGUCGGCCUGAACGCCGCCCUCUCCUGGUGGGGCGGUACCGUCGUCGCCUUCGGUCUCAUCGGCCCCCUGCUCGUCCACUACGGCGUCUGCAUCGGCAAGGAGAUCCCGACGACGUCGCCCAAGUGGGAGGGUCGCGUCAACUUCAACAGCCUCAGCGGCAUCAGCAAGCCGGGUUACGUGCCGAGCCCGCGCUUCUGGAUGCUGUGGCCCGGCGUCAUGGUCCUCAUCGUCUACAGCCUUGUCGAGUUCCUCCUCCACUUCCGCGUCAUCUACGACGGUGUCAAGUUCGCCCUGCGCGGCGUCGCCGUCAAGCUAAACGACAACCUGCAGAAGCGAGGCAAGUCGAGCCCGUUCUUGGAGAAGCAAGCGGCCAAGGCCAACGAUGAGUCGAGCCUGCUGAAGGACUUCGCCACCAAGGAGCAGCAGGUGCCCACCUGGGUUUGGCUCACGGGCACCAUCGUCAUGACGGCCGUCUCCAUGGUCGUCUGUCACUUCCAGUUCCACAUGAACGCCGGCCUCGCCAUUCUUUCCUGCAUCCUCGGCUUGCUGUUUGCCUUCCUGUCCAUCUAUGGUGGAGCCGUCACCGACACGGCGCCUCUUACCGCCUCUGCCAAGGCCUCCCAGCUCGUUUUCGGUGGCAUCACCAAGGGUCAGGGGCUGUCCGUCACCGACGCCCAGCGGGUGAACCUCAUCGCCGGUAACAUGGCCUCAGGUUGCGCCGACGUGGCCACGGCGCUCACGAGCGACUUCCGUGUCGGAUUUCUCCUCAAGACACCUCCGAACCUGCAGUUCUACGCCCAGGCGAUGGGUGCCCUCGUCUCCGUCUUCCUCGCCCCGGGCGUCUUCGUCUUGUUCAUGUCAGCCUACCCCUGCGUUUGGAAGUCGGACUACAAACCGCCGUACGAAGGCUUUGAGUGCCCCUUCCAGGCGCCCUCGGUCGUUGCCUGGCAAGCCGUCGCCCAAGCGGUGACGCUCCCCAAGAUCCCCAUCCCCCUUUCCUGCACCAUCUUCUCCAUCGUCAUGGGCGUCUUGGCCGGUGCUCAGGCCGUGUUCAAGAACUUCUACCUCAUCGGCCCCCGUCAGAAGUACCGCGAAUGGCUACCCAACUGGAUGGCCAUCGGCGUCGCUUGGGUCUUGGGCGUCGACAGCGCCUACGCCAACGCCAUUCUCGCGGGGAGCAUCACCGCCUAUUUCUGGCAGAAGAAGUGGGCCAAGAACUUUGAGACGUACGCCUUCUCCAUCGCUGCCGGUCUCCUCGCCGGGGAGGGACUGGCUGGCGUCGUGAAUGCCGCUCUCACGCUGGCCGAGGUUGACGGUGGACUCAAGGGCACAGGCAUCGGUCUGCCCGGUCAGUUUUGA